AGGGAGUAAACCCGUGAUGUUUCCUGUAUUGUUGAAGCUCUCAGUUGAGUUGCAGUGGUGAAGCGUCAUCGUUUUGUCUGUUAUAGUUUCCUUGAAACAUUUUUUUGUGUUAAAUAGGCAAAGAUAAAGUAUAAAAUAUGACCGACACAGCUGGCAGGCUGCGCAAGCAGCUAGAAUCAGCUAAUUUCGACCCUCAAAACUACGUAAAACAGCUGUCACAACAAUCCGAUGGAGACCGAGAUUUGCAGGAGCACCGUCAGAAAAUACAAACCCUUGCUGACGAAACGGCUCAAAACCUGAAGAAAAAUGUCUACAAGAAUUACAGACAGUUCAUUGAGACUGCUAAAGAGAUCUCGUAUUUGGAAAGUGAAAUGUACCAGCUGAGCCACAUACUAACUGAGCAGAAGAGCAUCAUGGAGAGCAUAACGCAGGCCCUGCUUUCUACCGACAAGGACGAGACGUCCAAAGAGAUGCUGGCCGCCUUCCCUAAGGAAACGGAGGAGGUGAAACAGAGGACGCUUACCACGCUGCUGGAGAGAGUGGAGGGCUGCAAAAAUAUAAUGGAAACACCCGGGAGAUACCUGGUGUACAACGGUGACUUGGUCGAAUAUGACGUGGACAGCAUGUCCUCCAUUCAGAAAGUGCAUGCCUUCCUGAUGAAUGACUGCCUCCUCAUCGCCACAUGGCUAGCGACCCGCCGAGGCACCGAGAAAUAUAAAUACAACGCACUUUAUGACCUGGAGAGCUUCGCUAUCGUCAACGUGAAGGACCACCCUCCAAUGAAGGACAUGUUCAAGAUCCUCAUGUUCCCCGAGAGCCGCAUUUUCCAGGCGGAGAACAGCAAAGUGAAGAAGGAGUGGCUGGAAAUCCUGGACGAGACCAAGAAGAACAAAGCGACCAAGGACAAGCACAAGAAGGAGGAGGAGGUCCCUCACUCUCCAGUCAGACCGGAGCCCUCCUCGGUUUCCACCAACCCCUUCGACGACGAGGAGCCCGUCGACUCGGACGAGGCCGUGGACCUGAGCUUGGAGUGGAUCCAAGAUCUCCCGGAAGACCUGGACGUUUGCAUCGCUCAACGGGACUUUGAGGGCGCCGUGGACCUCCUGGACAAGCUCAACGAGUACCUGAAAGACCAGCCCGCCAGCCCCAUGGUGAAGGAGCUGAGGGGCAAGGUGGACGAGCGCGUUCGCCAGCUCACCGACGUGCUCGUGUUCGAGCUCUCCCCAGAUCGCUCCCUCCGAGGCGGGCCCAAGGCCACCCGGAGGGCCGUGUCCCAGCUCAUCCGCCUGGGCCAGUCCACCAAAGCUUGCGAGCUCUUCCUGAAGAACCGCGCGGCCGCCGUGCAGACGGCCAUCCGCCAGCUCCGCAUCGAAGGCGCCACGCUGCUCUACAUCCACAAGCUGUGCAACAUCUUCUUCACCAGCCUGCUGGAGACGGCCAAGGAGUUCGAGACGGACUUCGCCGGCAACACGGGCUGCUACUCGGCCUUCGUGGUGUGGUCGCGCUCGGCCGUGCGGACGUUCGUGGACGCCUUCAGCAAGCAGGUGUUCGACAGCAAGGAGAGCCUGUCCACGGCGGCCGAGUGCGUGAAGGUGGCCAAGGAGCACUGCCGGCAGCUGAGCGACAUCGGGCUGGACCUGACGUUCACGCUGCAGUCGCUGCUGGUGAAGGACGUGAAGGCGGCGCUUGAGAGCUACAAGGAGGUCAUCAUGGAGGCCACCAAGCACCGCAACUCCGAGGAGAUGUGGAGGAAGAUGAACCUGAUGACGCCCGAGGCCCUGGCCAAGCUCAAGGAGGAGAUGCGCGCCUGCGGCAUCGCCGGCUUCGACCAGUACACUGGCGACAACUGCUGGGUGAACCUGAGCUACACGGUGGUGGCCUUCACCAAGCAGCUGAUGGGCUUCCUGGAGGAAGGCCUCAAGCUCUACUUCCCCGAGCUGCACAUGGUGCUGCUGGAGAGCCUGAGGGAGAUCAUCCUGGUGGCCGUGCAGCACGUGGACUACAGCCUGCGCUGCGAGCAGGAGCCCGAGAAGAAGGCCUUCAUCCUGCAGAACGCCUCCUUCCUCCACGAGACGGUGCUGGUGGUGGUGGAGAGGCGCUUCGAGGAGGGCGUGGGCAAGCCGGCCAAGCAGCUGCAGGACCUGAGGAAGAGCAUGAGGCCGGUGAGGGUGAACCCGGAGAGCACCAUGUCCAUGGUGUAAGAGCCCCCCCCCCCCCCCUGGGUCCGUGAGGUGUGCGUCCCACCUCUCUUGUUCAUGACUUUGCUCACGGACUGCAGACGAUGAUCCGAACCAGCUGAUUUAGUCAUUUCCUCGUUUUUUUGUGUUUCUGUGCUGGAUGAUACGUGUAAAGGGAUGGGCGGGUGGAUAACGGUUGAUGUUUGAAGCUGUAUGUCAUCGAAAGGCACCGCUCGAAUGCUUGUGUAAUAAAAGUGCUGCACUCGC